GCUGAAGCUACCGGGGUAAAUCAGGAAGAGAAUGCGGCGCAGCUGGGUUAACGUUGACAUUUAAGCAAGUCUGAGGAGUUUGACUGGAAGGACGGAGCUGUCCUUUAUCGACUUCCUCUGGGGCUUCUGCCGGACUUACCCCCGUUUCCAGUUUGUGUAGUUUUUAGCUUCUGCCAAGCGCGAUACCUGUCAAGUGUCUGGACUCAGUGACAAUAGCAACUUCCACUGCUGUACGGAGAUAUUAAAGUGACCGUAUCCUUGUUUGCUAUUUGACCGGGCAGAAAGGGGGAAAACAGGUUUUGCUUCACCUGCUCCCCCCCACCUUGUUACCUGCAGCGGACUUCCUCGCGGCUUUUAACGGCAUUAAUCCAUCCGUCUGGGAUCAAGUUACGGACCAGAAAUGGCUAGCGAGGAGACAGCAGGCGCUGCGCAGCCAGGUGAUGGAAAGGACGGGAGAUCAGGCGCCAUGGCGCUCAACCCCGGAGUGCCCAUCAGGGGGAUAAAGAUGAAAUUCGGCGUGCUUGGUGGCCUGGUGGAAGUUGGAGAAGUUUCCAACCGAGACAUUGUGGAGACUGUGUUCAACCUGCUGGUCGGCGGCCAGUUUGACCUUGAGAUGAACUUCAUCAUCCAAGAACCCGAGAGCAUCGUGUGCAUGGUGGAGCUCUUGGACAAGUGUGAGCCGACCUGUCAGGCCGAGGUCUGGAGCAUCUUCACCGCCAUCCUCAAGAAGAGCGUCCGUAACCUGCAGGCGUGCACUGACGUGGGGCUCAUCCAGCAGGUGCUGCAGCGUAUAUCCACCACCGACAGCAUGAUCGCAGACUUACUGGUGGACAUGUUGGGCGUGCUCGCCAGCUACAGCAUCACAGUAAAAGAGCUGAAGCUUUUCUUCAGCAAACUGCAAGGGGAGAAAGGCCAGUGGCCUCGUCAUGCAGUGAAGCUGUUGUCAGUUCUGAAGUACAUGGCUCACAGGAAUGGCCCUGACUCAUUCUUCAGCUUUCCAGGGAAAAAUGCAGCUGCUAUAGCUCUGCCUCCUGUAGCAAAAUGGCCGUACCAGAAUGGGUUUACAUUCCACACAUGGCUCCGCAUGGAUCCUCUCAACAACAUCAACGUAGACAAGGACAAGCCUUACCUGUACUGUUUCCGCACCAAUAAAGGCAUGGGUUACUCUGCACACUUUGUGGGUGGCUGUUUGAUAGUGACCUCAUUAAAAACCAAGGGGAAAGGAUUCCAGCACUGUGUUAAGUACGACUUCAAACCACAGAAGUGGUACAUGGUGACUCUCGUCCACGUCUACAACCGCUGGAAAAACAGUGAAAUUAGCUGCUAUGUGAACGGGGAACUGGCUUCCUUUGGAGACAUCGCCUGGUUUGUCAACACCAGCGACACGUUUGACAAGUGUUUCCUGGGAUCGUCUGAGACGGCAGAUGCCAACCGUGUGUUCUGCGGACAGAUGGGGGCAGUUUACCUGUUCGGAGAGGCUCUCAGCGCUGCUCAGAUCCUGGCCAUCUAUCAGCUGGGAUCGGGCUACCAGGGCACAUUCAAGUACAAGGCUGAGAGUGACUUGCUGUUUGCGGAGCAUCAUAAGACCUUACUGUAUGAUGGCAAGCUGUCCUCCAGUAUCGCCUUCACUUAUAACCCUCGCGCCACAGACGCACAGCUCUGCCUUGAGUCCUCCCCCAAGGACAACGCCUCCAUUUUUAUUCACUCACCCCACGCUCUCAUGCUGCAGGACGUGAAGGCCGUGGUGACUCACUCAGUGCAGAGUGGCAUACACUCUAUCGGAGGCGUGCAGGUCCUCUUCCCUCUGUUUGCACAGCUGGAUUAUUGCCAGCCCUCCAGCCAUGAGCUGGACACCUCUGUCUGCUGCACUUUGCUAUCCUUUGUGAUGGAGCUCUUGAAGAACUCAGUGGCUAUGCAAGAGCAGGUCCUGGCCUGCAAAGGCUUUCUCGUCAUUGGCUACACUUUGGAGAAGUUUUCCAAGGUGCAUGUGACGCGGCCCGUCCUGGAAAUUGUGCUGGCCUUUUCCAGAUACCUCAGCAACUUGCAGAAUGGCAUCUUGCUGCUCAAACAGCUGUGUGACCACAUUCUGUUCAACCCUGCCAUCUGGAUCCAUGCCCCUGCCAAGGUGCAACUGACACUGUACACUUACCUGGCAACAGAGUUCAUCAGCACAGUGACCAUCUACAACACCAUUCGCAGGGUGGGCACCGUGCUGCAGGUCAUGCACACACUGAAGUACUACUACUGGGUCGUCAACCCCCAGAACCGCAGUGGAGUUGUGCCCAAAGGCCUAGAUGGUCCAAGGCCAAACCAUAAGGAGAUCCUUUCUCUGCGAGCCUUUCUGCUGUUGUUUGUCAAGCAGCUCAUAAUGAAGGAUCAUGGAGUGAAGGAAGAUGAGCUGCAGAGCAUCCUCAACUACCUCCUUACCAUGCAUGAGGACGACAAUCUCAUGGAUGUACUGCAGUUGUUGGUGGCUCUGAUGUCUGAACAUCCUGGGUCCAUGGUCCUGGCCUUCGACCAGCGCAACGGGAUUCGUGUGAUUUACAAGCUUUUGGCCUCAAAAAGUGAAGGAAUACGAGUGCAGACACUCAAAGUGUUGGGCUACUUUCUGAAAUACUUGCCGCCAAAGAGGAAACCCGAGGUCAUGCUGAGUCAUGGCCUUUUCUCCCUGCUCACCGAACGCCUGAUGCUCCACUCCGGCCAGUUCAGCAUGACAACCUACAACGUGCUCUUUGAGAUUCUUACAGAGCAGAUCUGCACUCAAGUGAUCCAUAAACAGCAUCCGGACCCCGACUCCGCUGUGAAGAUUCUCAACCCACAAAUUCUGAAGGUAAUAGCGGCUCUGCUGAAGACCUCACCCCCAUCCCCCGAGAGCAUGGAGGUGCGCAAGGUCUUUCUGUCAGACAUGAUCAAACUGUUCAAUAACAGCCGAGAAAACCGCAGGAGCCUGCUGCAGUGCUCGGUGUGGCAGGAGUGGAUGCUCUCUCUGUGCUACAUCAGCCCGCAAAACAGCGAGGAGCAGAAAAUCACAGAGAUGGUGUACGCCAUCUUCCGCAUCCUGCUUUACCACGCUAUCAAAUAUGAGUGGGGCGGCUGGCGCGUCUGGGUGGACACCCUGUCCAUCACCCACGCCAAGGUCACCUUUGAGCAGCACAAAGAGAAUCUGUCCCGUAUGUUCAGUCAGUACCAGCGUCAGGGGUCGGCCGGCUCGCUGAGCGCAAUCCGAACCAUCUCUGGUGUCAGCCAGAGCUCGGAGACCAUGCAGUGUGUCAACGGGCAACCUGCAGAGGAGACGGCCCCGUCCACCGUCAUUGAGCUCACAGUGGACGAACUGUCCCAGAAGUCCCCUGACUCAACAUCUAGUUCCACCGUCACUUCCAGCUCACCCGAGGCUGCUGCUGAUGGCAGCGGACAACCAUCCAUCACCGUGUCCAACAUCCUGGCCAGGGCAGAAGAAGAAGAAGAAGAAGAAGAAGAGGAGGAGAAGAAGUUUGUUCAGGAGUCUUCCAAGGAUGGCUCCUGUGAUGGAAAGGAGACGGAAGCUACUGUGACACAAGCAAACGAUAAAGAAGAACAAAGUGAAGAGACCAGCCGGCAAGAACCAGCGACCGAGACUUCCGCUGACGAGAGCGCCGAUGAUCUACAAACAUCGGUUAGCGGCCAGUCUGAAACUGAUGACAAAAAAGCACAGGAAGAGGUUGGAGACUCUGCUGCAACAUCUGCGAGUGAUGAUGCACCUGUAGCAGAUGAAGGUAAAUCUGAACCUAUCGACCAGGAAUCAUCUAACUCCACGACAGAAGAAGCAGAUACAGAACUGCCCGUGGUUUCAGAACAAGACGGUAAGACUGACCAAAUGUCCCCUGAACCCGCGGACUGUUUGGAGAAAAGUGCGCUGGGUGGAGCCUCCGGCUUCAACGAGGACCUGGUGGACGCGUCUUCUGUCAGCGACCAGAUCCUCCCAAGCGAUGCUGAUGAUAGCCAAGAGGAGUCCUCUUAUGCUUCAGCUGUUGCCGGAGAGGAAGGGGAGGUAGGAACAAAUGAGGAAGAUAAACCUGAAGAUGAUCAGAAAGGUCAUGAGAUGAAGACUGACGAAGAAAAUGAUGAGAAGCAGGAGGUUGGCGUACAAGAAAAAGCUGAGGAGAGUGAAACUGAAGAGAAACAAGUGUCUAGUUUGGAGAGUGACACUUCUCCAGCUGAAACACCUGAACAAAGUGUGAUCGAAGCACCCAAAGAAAAAGUUAAAGAUGAACAGUCUUCCUCCAUAACCGAAACCGCUACUGUCGAGCAGCAUCCCCCUGACACCACACCGCCCUCUACAGCCCAGGAGGGUGCAGCAGCACCAUCAGGCUCCACCUCACCAAGCCAGCCUACAGAGACCACCAGCACCACUGAAGAAGAAAACCUGUCCAGUCCCCCAGACAGCAGCACAGCAGCCUCCACCUCUGACACCUCCACCUCUGACACCCAGAACAGUGCAGACUCUGUCAGCAAGACCAAAGAGAUCAAAAUUGCCCGACUGGACGUGUCCAAUGUGGCCUUAGACACGGAGAGACUUGAAUUAAAGGAGACCUCUACAACAGAAACACACCAAGCCCAGCCAGCAGCCGCAGCAGCAGCAGCAGCAGCAGCAGCAGCAGCGUCUUCAGGUCAGCAGAGAGAGGGCAGCACUUCGGCUCCUCGCUCCACCAUGUUCCGUAUCCCAGAGUUCCGCUGGUCGCACAUGCACCAACGCCUCCUGGCUGACUUGCUCUUCUCUAUUGAGACAGAUGUCCAGAUGUGGAGAAGUCACUCCACAAAGACAGUUUUGGACUUUGUGAACAGCAGUGAGAACGUGGUGUUUGUCCACAACAGUAUUCACAUCAUCUCCCAGGUGGUGGACAACCUCAUCAUGGCUUGUGGAGGCAUUUUACCUCUGCUCUCUGCUGCCACCUCCUCCUCUCAUGAGCUGGAGAACAUUGAACCAUCCCAAGGCUUGACGGUGGAGUCUUCAGUCACCUUCUUGCAGCGCCUCAUCAGCCUCGUGGACGUCCUCAUCUUUGCCAGCUCACUCAACUUCACCGAGAUCGAAGCUGAGAAGAACAUGUCGUCGGGAGGCAUCCUGCGACAGUGCCUUCGCCUGGUUUGUGCUAUGGCAGUGAGAAACUGUCUGGAGUGUCAGCAAGCCCAAUUUAACCAUGGCGCAGAAGCCUCAGCACGCAGCUACACGGCCAUGCCCAACACUGGAGCUGCGCAGAGUCCUGUUGACGCAGUGACAGGUGGGAUGUCUCCAGUCAGAGACUUUGACCGUCUUCUGCAGGACAUGGACAUUAACCGCCUCAGGGCUGUCGUCUUCAGAGAUAUCGAGGACAGUAAACAGGCUCAGUUUCUGGCGCUUGCUGUUGUCUACUUCAUCUCAGUCCUCAUGGUGUCUAAGUACCGCGACAUCCUGGAGCCCCACAAUGACAAGAAACGCCCUCAACGAUCCCAGUCCGCCCGGAGCACAGAUAGCGGCGCCAUUUCCGGUGGACUAGAAGUGGAGAACGGUGUCUCUCUCCGGCGGUAUGAUUCUGGCAUCGGAGACGACCACACCUCAACGGCCGCAAGCGACGCAGACCUGUCAUCCUCUGGCGUGACUCACGGUCCAGACGCCAUCUCAGAGGCCCUGUGCACGCUGUCCUCUGAGGUCAGACCUUCUCUGCCCGCUGACUCAAAGGGCAAGAAUGUGAAGGACAUCCUGCGCAGCCUCGUGAGCUCUCCAGCCGAUGACAUCAUGGUGGACCCAAGUCUGCUGCCACCAACAUUUCUUGGAGGUCUGGGCGACGCAGCCAGAGAAUCAUCACUGCAGUUCCGCUCAUUUGAUAGAAGUGUCGUUGUUGCACCUAAGAAAGCUGGCAUGGCACCAUCUCCAGGCGCUGCCGUCCCAGCAGCCACUGCUGCGUCUGUGUCCGGUGGAACACCCAACGACGGCGUUGCCGUAGUCUCUUCUGGAGACUCCUCCCAGAGCACCUCUGCAGACUCUGCAGCUACAGGCGGCCAGGUUCCAGCCAGCGCUAGCCUGCCAUCUGUCCCCCCGCUCUCCCCUGUGACCCAGAACACAGCCCCCAAUAUGAGUAUCUCCGAGCGUCUGGAAAAUGCUCUGGAGAAGGCGGCUCCUCUGCUGAGAGAGAUCUUCGUGGACUUCGCUCCCUUCCUCUCUCGGACUCUGCUGGGCAGCCACGGACAAGAGCUCCUUAUUGAAGGCACGAGCCUCGUGUGUAUGAAGUCCAGCAGCUCAGUGGUGGAGCUCGUCAUGCUCCUGUGUUCACAGGAAUGGCAGAACUCCAUCCAGAAGAAUGCAGGUCUCGCCUUUAUCGAGUUGGUCAACGAAGGCAGGCUGCUGAGUCACACAAUGAAGGACCACCUGGUUCGUGUGGCUAAUGAAGCUGAAUUUAUCCUCAGCCGACAGAGGUCUGAAGACAUUCAUAAACAUGCAGAGUUUGAGUCAAACUGUGCGCAGUACGCGGCGGAGAAGCGAGACGAGGAGAAAAUGUGCGACCACCUGAUCCGAGCAGCCAAGUACCGCGACCAUGUGACGGCCACACAGCUCAUCCAGAAGAUAGUCAACAUCCUGACUGACAAACAUGGAGCCUGGGGAAGCUCUUCAAAGAGCCGGCCGAGGGAGUUCUGGCGCCUGGACUACUGGGAGGACGAUUUAAGGCGGCGACGUCGCUUCAUCAGGAACCCCUCUGGAUCCACUCACUCGGAGGCUACGCUCAAGGCCGCGGCCGAACACGUGGCUGGUAUCAGCGCGUCUGAAGAGGAUAUUCUCAAAGGAAAGCAGUCCAUCAGGAGUCAGGCUCUGGGAAAUCAAAACUCGGAGAGUGAGACAUCACUUGACGGAGACGAUGACACUCUGUCAUCCUUAGAGGAGAAGGACCUGGAGAAUUUAACAGGCCCAGUAAACGUGAGCACCAGUGUUCAGCUGGUGGCUCCCGCCGUGGUGGUGAGAGGCACCCUGUCCAUCACCGCCUCCGAGCUUUACUUCGAGGUGGAUGAAGACGAGCCGGGCUUCAAGGCCAUCGAUCCAAAGAUUCUAGCCUAUACAGAAGGUCUUCAUGGAAAAUGGCUGUUCACAGAGAUCCGUGCCGUCUUUUCCAGACGCUACCUACUGCAGAACACUGCUCUGGAAAUCUUCAUGGCCAACAGAACCGCAGUCAUGCUCAACUUCCCAGAUGCAGCCACGGUCAAGAAGGUGGUGCACAGUCUUCCUCGUGUUGGGGUGGGCACGAACUUUGGCCUUCCACAGACCAGGCGUAUCUCUCUGGCCACACCAAAGCAGCUUUUCAAGGCCUCCAACAUGACCCAGCGCUGGCAACGCCGCGAGAUAUCCAACUUUGAUUACCUUAUCUUUCUCAACACCAUCUCUGGUCGGACCUUUAAUGACCUAAAUCAGUACCCGGUCUUCCCCUGGGUUAUCACCAACUACGACUCCGAGGAAUUCGACCUCACUCUGCCCAGCAACUUCAGAGAUCUGUCCAAGCCCAUCGGUGCUCUGAACCCCAAGAGGGCGGCAUUCUUUUCAGACCGAUGUGAGUCCUGGGAGGAUGAUCAGGUGCCGAAGUUCCACUAUGGCACCCACUAUUCCACCUCCAGCUUCACCAUGAUGUGGCUACUGCGCAUCGAACCCUUCACCACGUUUUUUCUCAACUUCCAAGGAGGGAAGUUUGACCACGCUGACCGCACCUUCUCCUCAGUGUCCCGGGCCUGGAGGAACUGCCAGAGAGACACAUCUGACGUUAAGGAGCUGAUCCCAGAGUUCUACUACCUCCCCGAGAUGUUUGUCAACGCCAACAGUUACAACUUGGGAGUGAUGGAGGACAGCACUGUAGUCUCUGAUGUGGAGCUGCCGCCUUGGGCCAAGAGCCCAGAGGACUUCGUACGCAUCAAUCGGCUGGCUCUGGAGAGCGAGUUCGUGUCCUGCCAGCUCCACCAGUGGAUCGAUCUGAUCUUCGGCUACAAGCAGCAAGGACCUGAAGCCACCAGAGCGCUCAAUGUUUUCUAUUAUCUGACCUACGAAGGUGCAGUCAACCUGAGCUCCAUCAACGACCCCAUGCUCAGAGAGGCUGUAGAGUCUCAAAUUAGGAGUUUUGGACAGACCCCCUGCCAGUUGCUUAUUGAGCCACACCCACCCCGAAGCUCAGCCAUGCAAGUGUAUCUUCUCCUGCAGACGCCGCUGAUGUUCACGGAGCAGAUGCAGCAGGAUGUUAUCAUGGUGCUGAAGUUCCCGUCCAACUCUCCCGUGACCCACGUGGCGGCCAACACCCAGCCAGGUCUAACGUCCCCUGCCAUCAUCACCGUCACCGCCAACCGCAUCUUUGCCGUCAACAAGUGGCACGGCCUGACAGGUCAUCAGAGCUCAACGGUGCAGGACCAGCAGUACCAACUUCCUGUGGAAAUUGACCCUCUGAUAGCCAAUAACGUGAGCAGUCACCGUCGUCAGAUCUCAGACCUGCUGGAUCAAAGCAUUCAGAUCAGCUCGCAGUGUUUCAUCAUCACAGCCGACAACCGCUUCAUCCUCCUGUGCGGCUUUUGGGACAAGAGCUUCCGGGUCUACUCCACCGACUCAGGCAAACUGACUCAGAUAGUGUUUGGGCAUCGUGACGUGGUGACGUGUCUGGCUCGCUCGGAGUCGUACAUUGGAGGAGACUGCUACGUGCUGUCAGGCUCCAGAGAUGCCACCCUGCUGCUGUGGUACUGGAACGGGAAGCUCAACAGCAUUGGAGAGAGCCCAGGCACAGAGUUUACCACACCGCGGGCCAUCUUAACGGGCCACGACUGUGAAGUGACAUGCGCAAGUGUGUGUGCAGAGCUGGGUCUCGUCAUCAGUGGCUGCAAAGAGGGUCCUUGUCUGAUCCAUUCCAUGAAUGGUGACCUGCUGCGGACCCUGGAGGGCCCCGAGCGCUGCCUGCGGCCUCGUCUCAUCCAGUCCUCCACUGAGGGACACUGCAUGAUCUACUACGACAAGGGACACUUUUGUAACUUCAGUGUCAACGGAAAACUGCUCGGCCACAUGGAGGUGGAAGACAGCAUCAAGGCCAUGUAUCUCAGUCGGGACGGCCAGUAUCUGCUGACGGGCGGCGAUGGAGGUGUAGUUUCUGUCUGGCAGGUCCACGACCUCAAACAGCUGUUCACCUACCCCGGCUGUGACGCAGGAAUCCGCUCCAUGACCAUGUCACAUGACCAAAGGUGCAUCAUAACCGGCAUGUCAUCUGGAAGCAUCGUGCUCUUCUACAACGACUUCAACAGAUGGCACCACGAGUACCAGACGAGGUACUGAGCCGACUCGACUGACCAACAUCCAAACGGUGUGAACUUAUCAAAGGCACUACUCUGUCUAUAUCCUGAAUGUAAGAAACACACCUGUCCUGUUAUAGUAAAAGAAAAUCAAAACUAUUUUUAAAAAGGGCAUUGCUAUAUUUUGUAGAUCAGAUAGAAAACUUUCAUACAAAUCACAGGGUGAGGGUUAUGUUUCUGUACGGUUAAAACAAAUCUAUUUUUAGCUGUAAGAGUCUAUUUUCAUCUCCUCCGGAAAACAAAAGCGGGAUUUGUUGGGAGCUAGCGAGAACCUUAAAAAAAAAAAUCCAAAUAUUUGUGUACUUUAGGGUGAGUGAUCUUUUUUUUCUCUUGUAGGUGUGUAUGUGGGGAAUAAUUAUUAAGCUGUCAUUCACGUUUUAACAUGCUUUUUUGGCAACACAGCCAGUAGAUAUGAAAUGUUUGAAUAAAUAAUAAAUGUAUUGGAUAGAAGGAUAAACCAAGAGGGAAUAUACAUAUACAUAUAAAUAUCUAUAUAUUCUGUUUAAAUGUAGUCCUCCAUAUUUAAACCUUUCCAUUCCCUGUGUUCCUCUGUGCUUGCUAAGAGAUUGGGUUCCUGUGCAUGGCUCACUACUCGUAUAAAACAUAUCAGCGCAGACGUAUCGCAUUUUCAUUUAAUACUUCCAGAUAUUUAAAAAUAAAACUUUCCACCCAGUGAUGUUAAAGAUGAGCAGGAUGUCUCUUUUACAUUUCUUUCCCAAAUGACAAAAGGUGAAUAAUUGUUUUCUAAAAUAGAAAUCUUGAUUGCCUGUGAUGGAAAGUCUUGAGAUCACAUGACUCGCGUCAUAUCAUCGCGGCCAGCUUAGCAUCUUUAAAGUCCUCUCGAGUCCCGUCUCCAAAGCAGCGAGCAGCAGAGUGAGAUGUUCUCGGACGGGAAGGACUUUCUCUAUUUCAGUCUGAGCUUCUUCUUUCUCUUAGUUCAUCACAGGAGCAGUGAUUAUGUUAAGAUGUGCUUCAGCACUAAACUGGCACAUUUCCUUUUGUCUAAAAAAAUAAACGUCCACUUAUAUCUUUUUCAUUUUGGGGGGAAAACAUUCCUUUAAAGAUUGUGGUUUGAAUCUCCAGUUAUAUGAGAACUACUGUUAUCUAUCAACCAAUAUUUUUUUGCAAUAAUUUGAGUGUUUUGUGUGCCGAGUUCUGAAAAUAAAAUAGAAUUUUAUAACUUGAA